AGGAUGCUGAAGUCGCAAACAGUUCUCGUGUCUAUAAAGUAGAUUUCCGGGGGAAAAAGUUUCCGUUAAAGCAAACAAAUUCAACUAUAGUCGUAUUUAUAAGUUUUUUUUUUCUGACAGUUGAACCUAGAUUUAUGAUGAUUACCACCAAUCUAGUUUGUAACUCUCAUCCUUAGAGAAGUCUGUCUGUCACACUUCAACGCACGCACAAGUCAGCUUUGACAAAUAAAGAUACACUAUUAUCAUGUUUCAGAGACAUGCAGAGUCACUAAAAUAAAUAUGGAAAAGCUCCAGACCUUUGUUAACAGAUGCCUAUGCCGGAUAUUAGGAAUCAGAGGUAAUUCAUCAGUGAAGCUGAGGAUACUGGAAUGACAUGGGAGCAGACGAAAAAAGCUGCUUAGAACCGAAUUUGGUGGAGAGGUGUGGUUGAGGCCUAUGCUCCCAUGGGAGUGCACAGGAUUAAGUAAACGAAAAAAAAAACAGUCUUAUAUGUGAAAGGAGAACUAGAGAACAGAGAGAUCGGAAUUAAAGUUUGGAUCAAAGAAAUAGCCUACAUUGACUAAAUUUCCUCAGUGCACACGGAAACUGUAAAAUGAUAGACGUCCAACCACAAAAGUGAUAGGAACUCUUCAAAGAAGGAACAAAAGAAUACAGCUCAUUUUAACUAACGUAGAAAACUUCUACCAAUCACGUUCGUAUAACUACCAAGCAGCAGGAAGCAAUAUUUGAAAGUGCUGCAUUUCCCAAUGACUUCAAUGCACUAUGUCAUUGACAUGUUUGUGUUGCCCAGAAGACGUUCAAGAGCUUUAAGUGUGAACAUUGACAGUCAGACUUUAGUUUAAAGACUGUCUAGAUUUAACAAUGAGCAAACCGUUACCAAAAAAAACAUACUCCAAGGAAGAACAGAAAGGUAAAGGCAAGAAAGAAGACAUUAAAGGUAAAAAAGAUGACCCUAAAGGUAAAAAAGACGACCCUAAAGGUAGGAAAGACGAAAAAGGAAAAAGCGAUACCAAACUGAAGGACACUAAAAGCAAAGAAAAGGUUUUAUCAAGUCCUAAUCUUCCCAGCGAGUCUGCCUCGAAGCAGAAAUCCAAACUCGAUGUCUCUGGUGACGAAGACAGCACAAACGAGUUUUCACCUUCCCCGAAACAAACCGAUCCUUUGUCUCCUGAAGCUUCUGAAAGAUAUACACAAGAAGUAGAGCCGACUUCUGAUGAAUUAGCAGACGAUGACAAAAAGGUUCAGGAGCACGUUCCUGACGAGCCGAAAAAGCCUAAGAAGAAAUCUUCAGAAAAGGACGAUGUUAAAAUUAGUCAAUCGAAGGGGCGAGAUGACCACACACAAGAGGAAGCAGAUAGCAAAAAACCAAGUAAGUCCGAUAAACCAGGAAAACAAGACUUCGGCAGCAAAGAGGAUAAAGCUUGUGAAACAGAUCGUGAAAGUAAAAAGAAAACAAGACCGUCAGCAGACGAGAAGCAGCAAUCGUCAAGGGCUAGUAAAGAAACGGACAAUGAGAAAGCAGACAAGAAAGGUGAUGACUCUAGGAAAGAAAUGAGUUCAGCAAAAAAAAGAGAUGGUAAAAGAGAUUGGUGCUCUCAAGACUAUCAAGAGAAUGAAAACAAAAAAUUCAAAAGCUUUAAAUCUCGAGAUCGCGAGUCUGACAGAGACAAAAUGAUGAGAGCACAGCAAUAUGAGCAAACAAGAGAUAGGUGUUGGGACAGACAAGAUGGCGUGAGAAGAAAAGAGACGUGGGGGCCAUGCACUUGCAACAAUGAGGAGCGUCAAGCUCACCGAAACAGACAGUUUUGUCUUCCCGACCAGAAAGAGUCUGAUUUAAAAAAAAAGUCAUACUACUCUACGUCGCCGGAAAUGGAUUACAGACAAACGCAAUCUUACCGGAAGCCGAAAGCUGAUAGCACCAGGGACACGUAUUGUCAAUAUCGAGACGACGAUAGAGACCACUACGACGUUCCUAAAAGUCGUCACUAUGUGCAUGGAUCGACCUCUUUUAAUAACGAUAACAGAUAUAUGGGGCGAGCUCCCAAAUGUAACACUUCUCCUUCCCAACUACGUGAAGAGUGGUGGUCGAAACGUUCUGAACCAACAGGAACUACCAGAAAAUGUCAACACAUGACUGAAAGAACAGGAUACCAGAAUCAAAGGCAAUGCAUGCCUUCCAGAGACAAUCCGUCAAUGAGAAUUACUCAGCCAGCAAGACAAAUGUGUUGCCUGAAGCACGAAGACAUGUCUCCAUCAAGAAGAUGCUGUACUAGAGCUCAAGAAAGCGGCCCGCAGUCACCAUUGUGUCAACGCUUCAAUUCUAGCCCUGUAUCUAGAAAAAGGGCAACUCCAAACGUCAGCCCCGAAUGUCAGGCUUUACGUUCUUUUAGACAGUCUUAUAGAGCACAAGGCAAAUGUUCAUGCUUUCCACAGACUUUAGGGUCGUCGGCAUGCCUGCCGCGAAGAAUCACUUGCCCUGUAUCACAAUGUAACGACUACUGUUGUAAUGAUCGAGGAAUAACGUAUCUUCCUGUUUGCUCUGCAAAUACGUGCGAAAUGGAGGCUGGCUCCUCACAGAAAACACCCAGUUACACUAAUACCAGCUCUUGGAAGCGCGUACAGCAAGACUCCACUCUCCCUUCCCACAGAAGUCUAAGCGCAGCCUCGAGGCGAAAUCACUACAUGGACACAGCCACACGCUUCAACGAUUAUAGUGGCAGCGGGUGCGGGCGUUCCACUUCCCAGCUUGCACUUUAUUCUUCCUCCCUAAGGGAUACUGGCUCGGGUUUUAAAAGCGACAAAUGCAUGAAGACGGGCUGCCGUUAUGAACCUCGAAGAUCCUUCAGCGAGGCAAGAUCCCAAACUCCGUAUUCGUCUAGCUCAAUGUCAAGAUUUAAAAUCAAUUCCAAUACGCCCUCAAAAUACAGUCCUGUAUUUGCUGCAUCCAUGUCUAACCCAUAUCAGACCAAUUCUAUCUCCUACAAUUCCAAACUUUUAUCCUCACGAGAUAACAGAUCUGCCACUUUAAGCUGCAGCUGCGACUACAGGGGAAGUACGUCCGAAUGUGGGGCGACCAACAGAAGUCUAACUGACAGGGACAUGAGCAGCAGAAUGGGAUCCAACAGUGAACUAAAAUGUACUUCCUAUCAAGGUCUUAGUGGAAGCUGUAUGAACCUUCCUAAAGAAUAAGAUUUCGCAAAUAAAGGUUUAAUCCUGAAUCACAGUGCUACGGGCAACGUUUGAGAAAUAUUCAGAGCGUGAACUUCUUAGUUUAUUUGAACACAUCCAACACAACGUAGUUUCAAUGUAUACAACACAACCUGGUGGGCAGUUCUAUAGUCGAAUGGAAUCUUCCAUCAAUCAGUCAAAGUGCUAAUUCUCAGUAGAACCUCAUUAUAUAUAUAAUAUAUCAUUAUAUAUAUAAUAUA